AUGGCUUUCAGACGGUGCAUCAUAUCUCGAACAAAGCCCCUCUACCAAGAACAACGAUUUUCCCCUUCAUUUUCUCUGAUUAAUAGCCGUCGCGAAGACGAUGAACAUGAUUCUCCGAAGAAAACCUCUUCAAAUUCUACUCCUUCCACCAGAAAAAUCCCAUCUUUCCUUCAGUCCCCAAUCCCAGCUUCCAGAUUUAACCGCUUUAAUGGCUUCCAAAAGGGUUCACCAUCAUCUGCCCAGUUCAUGAAUACGAUGAGUUAUGGAUCAAUUGUUUUCGGCAGAAGUAUGUCUACCGGAGUCGACGGAGGGGCGGCGGCUGAUAAGGUGGAGUUCAUGGGUGAUGUUGCCGAGGUCUUGAGUGAUGGUGCUAUUGACAAUGUUGUCACGCAGGCAGCUCCCGGGGUUAGCGAGGUCGCCGCCGCGGCCGCUGAUUCUUUUUUUCCUGUUGCUGCUGUGCAGCAUUUCAUCGAUUAUGUUCACACAUUUACCGGAUUUAAUUGGUGGGCAUCAAUUGCCGCGACGACCAUUUUGAUUCGCUUUUGUACUGUUCCACUUCUGAUACACCAGCUGAAAGCUACCACUAAAUUUACUCUUCUGCGGCCAAAAUUGGAGGAGAUUAAGGAAGAGAUGCAGAAUAGGGGAAUGAGCCCUACUGCUGUUGCUGAAGGUCAGACAGAGAUGAAGAAAUUAUUCAAGGAAUAUGGGGUUACACCAUUCACUCCGCUGAAAGGACUUCUAAUUCAAGGCCCCGUCUUUAUCUGCUUUUUCGUUGCUAUCAAUAACAUGGUUGAAAAAGUUCCAUCUUUUAAGGAGGGCGGAGCAUUCUGGUUUACUGAUUUGACUACUCCAGACAGCAUGUACAUUUUGCCAGUUUUAACUGGGUUGACAUUUUGGAUUACUGUGGAGUGCAAUAUGCAAGACGGAAUGGAAGGAAAUCCUGCUGCUAACACCAUAAAAAAUGUUUCGCGAGGCUUUGCGGUUGCUACAGUUUUUUUGACUUCAACCUUUGCAAAGGGAAUAUUUUUUUAUUGGAUUACAGCCAACAUCUUCUCGCUCAUGUAUGGAUCUGUAAUCCGGAAUCAUGCGGUAAAAAAAGCAUUGGGUAUUCCUAUAAUUACUCCGCCACCACCUUCUACUUCUGGACAAAAACCCUCCUUAGGAUUCUUUGAGGGUAUUAAGAAAUAUGCUGCGGCACAGGCUGAAAUGCAACGUCAACAAACCCUGUCAUCAGCUGCUGGAGGUUCGAAAGCUUCAAGUCAGCAGCAGCCACCUGCUACACCAGUUCAACAAAGUUUAAGUCAAGAGCAGCGAAUACCGUCUUCGUCGGUUCUUAGCCAGAAAAUUAAGAGCUUGGAAAGGCAAGUUAAAGGAAGGAAGAAGGGCAAUAAAAAAAGGUGA